AUCAUGGCGCAUGCAGGUCGCAGGUGGCCUGAGAGCGGCAGGCGUGUCACCAAGCCUUUACAGUCCAUAUCGAUUGACCAGCAAGAGUUCCCUUCAUGGGUGCGCCAGUGCGACCAGGAUUUCAAGGAUAGGAAGUGCUCUUUCACCCACGAGAUGCGAACUUUAGAGCAAUGGCAACGCUACUGCGAACUGAGAGAGAGAUCGCCUUACAAGAGAGUUGCAUGCUCCAAGGAUUUUGUCUUCCGGGCGAUCUUGCCCAAAGUCGACCUGUCGAGCAUGCCUGAAGAGCUUUUGCGAGUAGAGGAAGAAAAGCCCAAGAAAAAGCUCAAGAAGGCUGCUGCUGACAAGCCACAAGGGAGGCCUCGCCCUCGGGUUGAUCGCGGUUUGGCGCUCGAUGAGGCAGCAGCUGCUCUGUUUGGAAAUGAUGAAGCGCUGGAUGGUGGCGAAAAUCUGCGGCCAGAGGAGCAGGAAGGAGACGGUCGAGGAGAGAAAACAACUGAAGAUGGCGAGAAGCAAACGAGGGAAGGCGAGGAGGAGGAUGGAGAAGAUCUAGAGGACGAGGAAGAUUUGGAGAUGGACGACUACGAGAAUGCAGCUGAGCACUGUGACGACGAUGAGGAUCUAGUGGAUGAAGGAGGAGGAGGAUCCGACGAUGAAGAAGCACGAUACGGAACCUUCUAGCGAGCGGAUCUAUUGCAGCUACCUUGUUCUUCCAGACACUUCAUUUUUUUGAUGUUUGGGUGAGGUUAAAUUUCGGUUUACGCGCGGAAUACAGCAUUGAUAGCCAUG